AAAAAAAACAAAAAAAAUAAUAAUAAUUAUAAUAUUAUGUUUUCCUAAAAUUUAAAAUAAACCUUUUAAAUCCCUAUAUAAAUACCCUUAUAAAUACAAACAUAAAUACAUUCACGGAACAUCAAUGUAACAAUCAAGGCAGAUUAAAAACUUACAAACAAAUUUUAUAAAACAACAUAUUAAUUACAAACUAACAAAAAAAAAAUCUAAAACAUAAUUUAAUGUAAUCUUUUUACAGCAUUCCGUUGGUAGUAACACAACUAAUAGAAAUCUUCAAUUUUCCAAAAGAUCGCGGCGUACUUACCCUCCGACUAGGACCCUGAAGAUCAAUUAUUAACUAUAAUAAUUUAAUCCAUAUCGUUAACCUAGAAGACUAUCAAAAUAACAUACAACAAAUUACUAACACAUUAAACCUUUUCGAAAAAAGAGCUACAUAUACUAACUCAAUUCACGUAACAAAACUAAAACUUAAAGAACUAACAAAUAAAUUUGCUACAUUAUAUCCUAUGAAAAGAAACAAAAGAGGUCUUAUUAAUGGACUUGGUUCAACUAUUAAGUUCAUAACCGGGAACAUGGAUGCGCAAGACGCACAAACUAUAAACGAACAAAUUCAAUACCUCAAUUCAAACCUUACCAAUAUUACUAAUACACUUUUAUCCCAAAACGCAAUUAACUCUCAAACAAUAGAGAGAUUUAAAAACAUCACCUCACACAUUAAUAACCAACAAAAUAAAAUUGAAGAAUUCCUUUUAACAACUUAUAUGCUUUAAAAAAGAGAAAAUCACGUUUUUCUAGAAACACAAUACCUAAACGAAAUAAAUUUUAACAUUGAUUUACUAACAAAUCAUAUUUCAAAUAUUGCUGAAGCAGUUAUUCUCAGUAAAUUAAAUAUAAUUCCUAAAUUUCUAUUAAAUACAGAAGAACUCUAUUAUAUUGAAAAUAAAUUUAUCAAACAAAAUGUUAAAAUCGAAUCUAACGAGCAAAUUUAUGAAUUUCUAGGCUUACAAGCAUAUUACAAUGGCUCUAAAAUUAUAUUUAAUGUACGAAUUCCAAAUUUGUCUAAUGAAACAUAUUUUUUUUAUCAUGUAGUUCCUCUUCCAAUAAAUCAAACAAAAUUUAUUACAAUUGAACCUUAUAUAAAUAUUAACAAAAACAAAAUACAGCACUUUACAACACCUUGCCCCAAGAUAGAAGGUACAUUUUACUGCACGAAUGCACAUCACGAAGAAGACAUCAAUGACUCCAAAUGCAUGGGAAAACUUAUGAAGAACGAAGCAGCUAAUUGCCCUUUCACCGACAAAGGCAAAACAUCAGAAAUUUUACAACCAGAGAAAAAUUAUAUUUUGCUAUUAAAUACACCAAAAUUGAUAAUUAACUCUACUUGCAGUACAAAAACUUCUAUGCUAGAAGGCACAGCACUUAUUCAUUUCCAGAACUGCAGCAUCGAGAUAAAUGGUCUCACAUAUGAAGAUAGUCCUAACACCUUUUGGGACGAAAUCCACAUUCCACCACCCCCAAGCAGCCAUAUAAAUGCUACAGUCAUCAAAGAAGACCUUAAUCUGGAAAAGCUAAAGGAGUACAACUUCAUCACUAACUCCAACUUUGCAAAAUUCUAUGCAAAAACAGAAGUCCUGCACCUCAUAUCAGCAUCUACAGCACUAUAUACAAUACUCACCAUCAUAGUCAUCAUCAUAGCCGUUAUCAUCAUAAGAAGAAAACCCCAUCGCAACGAAGAUCAACAACCAACACUGAUGUCUUUCGCUCCAUCCCCAAUUACGUCAUUGUGGCCGUCGCUCUAUUCCAAGGGGGGAGGAGUUACAUGUGCAACCAAGCUGCCCCCACACCAUAACCGAUGACCUGACUAUUUUACUUUUCGCUAAAUAAGCAAUUCUUGCUUUUAAAUAUUUUUACUUUAACAUUAUAUUACUUUUCGUUAAAUAAGCAAUUCUUGCUUUUAAAUAUUUUAACUUAUAAUGAAUUUGUAUUUUUAAUAAGUAAGCAUUUCCCUCAAAGGUCAAUGCAUUAUUGUUUUUAAGAAUUAUAAAGACUUAUGUAUUUUUGCCUAGCUAAACAAUUCGUAUUUGUAACAUUGUAUUUAAUUAUUGAUUUGAAUUCUCAAUUAAAGUUUGUCUGUCAAUGAAGAAAGUUGGUUUUUUUUAAGCUCCCGGUUCGCGACAAACUUAAC